UCCCGGGCUGGAGCUGGCUAAGGCGGGUAGGAUAACGCUGCUGACGGACGGACGGACGCCGCUAGCUGGCUGGCUGGGCUGGCUGGCUGGCUGGAGUCGGGGAUCUGCGAGCCUGGCCCGGCUCUGUCCAUGUCGCCAGCCGGCCGCUGAGAUCUCCACGCACGCCCUGCCCGCGCACGCGUGUGGCUGCGGGUGUCCCCGGAGACGGAAAGCCUCCAUCGCACAGCGGCAAUGGAGGUAAAUUGUUUAACACUAAAAGACUUGAUGAGCCCCAGACAGGCCAGACUGGAUUUUGCCGUCGAAGAUGCCGAAAGUGCACAAAAGGAAAAUAUAUUUGUUGAUCGAUCAAGGAUGACCCCAAAGACUCCGAUGAAAAAUGAGCCAAUUGAUCUGUCAAAGCAGAGAAUCUUUACUCCAGAAAGAAAUCCCAUCACGCCAGUAAAGCUGGUCGACAGGCAGCAGCAGGUGGAGCCAUGGACGCCCACAGCCAACCUCAAGAUGCUUAUCAGCGCUGCCAGCCCCGACAUCAGAGACCGGGAGAAGAAAAAGGGGCUGUUCAGACCCAUCGAGAAUAAGGAGGAUGCAUUUGUGAACUCGCUGCAGCUCGACGUCGUUGGCGACGGUGUCGUGGAUGACUAUGAAAAGCAAAGGCCGAGCAGAAAGCAGAAAAGCUUGGGACUGCUGUGCCAGAAGUUUCUCGCUCGCUACCCAAGUUACCCCUUGUCCACUGAGAAAACCACCAUCUCCCUAGACGAAGUCGCCGUCAGUCUUGGUGUGGAGAGAAGACGCAUCUAUGACAUCGUCAAUGUGCUGGAGUCCCUGCAUCUGGUCAGCCGGGUGGCAAAGAAUCAGUAUGGUUGGCACGGUCGACACAGCCUGCCCAGAACCCUGAGGACGCUGCAAAGACUGGGAGAGGAGCAGAAGUACGAAGAGCAGAUGGCCUGCCUCCAGCAGAAGGAGCUGGACUUGGUGGAUUACAGGUUCGGGGAGCGCAGGAAAGAUGGCUCCCCGGAUCCCCAAGAUCAACACCUACUUGAUUUUUCUGAGUCCGACUACCCUUCUUCAUCUGCAAACAGUCGGAAAGAUAAAUCUCUCCGAAUUAUGAGCCAGAAGUUUGUCAUGCUGUUCCUUGUCUCCAAAACCAAGAUUGUUACCCUGGACGUGGCUGCCAAAAUCCUCAUAGAAGAAAGCCAAGACACCCCGGACCACAGUAAAUUCAAAACAAAGGUACGGCGCCUCUAUGACAUAGCCAAUGUCCUGACCAGCCUGGCUCUGAUAAAGAAAGUGCACGUCACGGAAGAGCGAGGCCGUAAACCAGCCUUCAAGUGGAUCGGGCCCGUGGACUUCAGCUCCAUUGACGAAGAGCUCCUGGAUGUCUCUGCCUCUGUCUUACCGGAAUGGAAGAGAGAAACAUAUGGCCAGAUCCGAGUGUGUGCGAAACAGAGGCUGGCUCGGUACGGUUCCUUUAACACGGUUCAGACGUCUGAGAAGAUAGAGAGGAAAGUGAGCUCGGAGCCCAGCAGCCCACAGGGAGGAAAACAAGGAUCAGCCUACUCCCUAGAAAUUGGAAGUCUGGCAGCUAUCUACAGACAGAAAGUAGAAGACAAAUCACAGGGGGAAGGCUUUGCCAGCAAGAGAGUGGUGCCUCCAGCAAGCAGCUUGGACCCUGCCCUCCCCGCUGACUCAGAAUACUGCGUCAAGUCUUUAGCCCACCCAGUAUUUUCUGUUGCUCAGGCAGAUUUACAGGCUUCCUCCACUCAGAAUGGCCUCCACGGACAAGCAGGUGGCCACAUUCCUCCCGCCGCCUAAGACACAGAGAGCUUGAAGCCAGCUCUGCUUGCUGGCCAGCCCCUGGUCUACAUGCCCUCCUCGCUGUUCAUGCUGUGUGGGAGCCUGCAGGAGGGACUGUCCCCUCCUGCAGAGCUGAGAGCAGAGGAGGAUGGUGGCUCAGAAGUCCCGGCUGACCUGUCCUUGGCACCCUCGGCUCAGAAGCGCCUGUGUGAGGAGAGGAAUCCCCACAAGGAGGAUGAGCCAGCCAUGAAAAGGCAAAGUCAGGAAUUUGAAGACAGCCCCUUAUCCCUAGUCAUGCCCAAGAGACCGUCAAACUCCACAGCCCUCGCCUCUCCUGUGACUGAGGGAGACGGGAGAUCUACGCCCCUGGAAGCCUCCGCCUGUGAAAAGAGUCAGCCCCCGGCGGAUGUAGAAGUUUCAGGAAAGGCCGUGGCAAACUGCUGCUUCCUUGCUUCUGCAUGUGGAAACCCUUCGAGAAAUCCAGACGCAGAGAAGCCUUCAAACGGAAAUGACGUCACCAAAGACCCCGCCCUGCUGCAGUAUCUGUACGUGCAGUCCCCAGCAGGGUUAAACGGCUUCAACAUGCUCUUACCAGGCAAUCAGACGCCCCACGCUGUGGGGACGUCCCCGUCGGGUCAGCUGCCGUCCUUCGGCGUUCCUUGCAUGUUCUUGCCGUCUCCAGGUUUGGCCCCCUUCCCAGUUCUCUAUUCUCCGGCGAUACCCGCGCCCAUUACUUCAGCUCCCGCCAAUCUCCCAAACACCGGACCCAUGAAUUUCGGCUUGUCCACCCUGGGAUCCACAGCGCACCUUCUCCUCAGCCCUGCAGCCAUGGUCAGCCCGACGACGCCCACCGUCCCUUCCUCAGAUUCUCAGCCUCGGUGUCAGCCCUCCCUCAACCUGAGCCCAGGGAUGCCAGGCUCACACGGCGUCAUCCAUCCCGAGUCCCCCAGUUACAGGAGACAUCCGGUGUCAAUGGUAAAAGUAGAACAGUCUCCUGCACCAGCAACUCCCAAGAGCAUCCACCGAAGACAUCGGGAGACAUUUUUCAAGACUCCAGGCAGCCUUGGAGACCCUGUUUUUAGGAGAAGAGAAAGGAACCAAUCCCGAAACACUAGCUCGGCCCAGAGACGACUCGAAAUCUCAAGCAGCGGGCCUGACUAACCUGCUGCUUCAGUGGGUGGGGUGGCCUCGGCCCCUGAAGUUUCCCGCGCCCCAGACAAUGCCCGGCAUGGAACACACACAAGCUGUCCUGGUCCUCGGCUUGUGUCCUUCCUCUCUGGCAUCCACUGGUUCUGCUAACUUCCCAAUAUCACGACUCACCUAUUUGCCUGAAAGUAAUUGUUACUAAUAUAUGCAUCUAACACCAGCUAGAGCUCGGGCUCCGCCUGUCACAGCGGCAGUACUGGCCGACUGGUGUGGUCUGCUUCGAGAAUCAUCCGAGUGCUGGAAGUCAUUCCUGACAGGCUGCUGGAGCCUUGCAGUUUUUCUGAAGUGAGGGGGCUGUCUAGCACUUAACCGGGGCAAGCAUUGGCGAUGUGCGUCUCACUGCCCUGAGUGAGUCUGUAGUGAGAACUUUCUCUGCAGCCUAAAACACACUACUGCAUCCUCAGGCUCCGGGGAGCCGCCUUCAGUGACGAAUCCUACGGUGUUAUUUAUUUUGUUUCUGAAGGGGGACUUCCUGCACAAAGUUUACAACAUCGGUCUAACACGUAUUUUUUUUUUCAGGGUAUCGCGACUUGAAUGUUUAAGACUUUUUUUUUUUUUGGUAUAAUUUGCCCUGCACUUAUUCUACAACUUAUUAAUAAUGUGGAUAAAUGUAUAUACGUGACAGAUGUCAAGACCGAAAUAACUGUGAAUGCUCCUCCACCUAGCUAUUGAUGGAUGUACUGUGCUCAGCCUGUCUGGGGACACGGGAGCCGAAACCGAAGUCUAGGUGCCUUAUGGCUUGUUUCUCCAGUAACCAUGAAUAGUGAGGUUUUACUGUUUGUUUAAAACAAAGCCGAACCUACUGUGCUCAGCUUCCUUUGCUCCAUUCCACGCCCUGUGGUUUUUAAGUUGAACGUUCACUGUCCAGGGUCAGGUGUGUGCCUUCUCACGGUGGCCAUUUGUAGUCAGCUGAAUCAGGGUGACAGGAAGGAACGGAGGAGAUUGGAACCAGGCGAGAGUGUUGGUUGAAUUAUGAAGCAUAUUGAUAACAGAAACAUAAAGAGCAAUAGCUAAGUCUUUUGUUUUUCAUUUACUGAUUUUCCUCAGAUUUGGAGGGAGAUGAGGGAAAAUGGGCACAUUCUGCCCAUUUCCAAGAGUGUCCGUAAGUUCUGUGGCCCAGAAAAGGAACGGCGGGCACAGGGGUGUCUGUGCUAACAGAUACAGUCCCGGAAGCUGUCGCGCGCCUCCCUUUGUGAGCCACGUUGCUUUAGGGUUCCGCAUUGAUUGGUGUUUUUACCUCAGUCUUCUCUCUUAAGAGUAAACCUCCUGUUCCUUCCGCUCCCUUUUCCCUCUUUUCUUCCUGUGGUCCUCUCUUGAAACUUAGAGUCUUACUAUAAGGCUGCUUUUUCUCUGUAUUUUUUGUGCCCUGUGAAAUACCAUAUAAAAGUAUAAAAAAUAUUAAUUUAAGAGACUCUGGGAGCCUGAACAACACAGUUUUAUGUUCAGUACAGGACAUCUGUGGUCUUACUACCCCAACAACAGCUUUGGAAAACGGGAAAUGAGUGGCCAGAUGUAAUACAUUCGCUACUUAUCCAAUUUUUUUUUUAUAAACACUAAGCUUCUAAAGUUGUAAAAUGGCAUUACUCCCCUUUUUAAAAGUUGGUUUUUCCUUGAGUUAGGUGAAAACUGCAUGGCAGUGAUGACUCUGAACCGCUGUUUCCUUUCCGGAACAGGGGAAUCACCCUUUCUCAGAUAAUCGAACAUGCAGCCAGUGGGUCCGCCGAAGUCUGGCAUGUAAAACCUGCCCCAAAGCAUUUUCAUCAAGACGUCCACAUCUCCAUCGAAACACAAACCUCUUCCCUUGUUCCCGGGCAAUGUUCAUUUAUUUUUCACUAUGUGCUGUUCUUUACUAUUAGAGUUUUUACUGUUUGCAAAUUGACCACAUUAACCUCAGAGAAUUUGUGAUUCUUGAGAGGGUGUUGAGAAGCAAUGUCAUCAGUGAAACACAAAGUUACUUCUAUGCGAGGGUCCCGCAUGCUCUGGCUUUUGACUCGUCCAGAAGGCCUGGUACCCUUUGCCGCUGCCCGGCUGGACUUGAGUACCUGAGGCGGAGUAGAGUCUGUCGUAGUCUAAGUUAGGGCAAGAAGAAAUAAACUGUUAGUGAUCCCGCAGAGGACAUGAGCUCUGAGUCAGCACGGAGGGGUGCGUGACCUCCAACGAUGCUGUCCAGGGUUUGCGAAACCCUUGCAUUCUGGUACAAGAGUUGGGGGUAUAACUUUUAUACUUGAACCUACCUACCAAGUUUACAUUGCUCAAUGUAAGGUGCUAUUUCUGUAUUUAAAUAACGUUAAUAUAAGGCUGCUUCCUGCUUACCUUACUGCACUGCUAGAUUCUUGUAGGUGUUAAUAUCAUUGCUGCUUACCGCUCUGUUUCCAUGGUUUUCGGCUCUGCUCUUUCCCAGUGGCUAUGUUAUCUGUAGCCAUCUGCUUGUAACUUUCCUACAUGUAAACCAGACUUUUCCUUUUAGAAAAAUACUAAGCUUUA